AUGAAUACCAGCCCAUGGCUUUUUGACCGAUCCUGCACCGACCGAGAAACAUGCUUGAGAAACUUACUUGUGUCCUUGGUGCCUAGCGUAUUCCUUAUCGCAGUUGGACCGAUACGAUUAUGGAUUUUGUUGAAAAGGCGUCAUCCACUUGCUCCGGAACUGAUUCGGAACCGGCUCUAUUUCGUCAAACUGACCACAUUGAUCCUGUUGUUGUUUACAUCAUUGGCUCAACUUGUAUUGUCCUUGGAUUUGUUGCUUUUGCGGAUAUCAAACACUCUCUCUCUGCUCAUUGCCAUUGCAUUGCACCAUGUCGAGUAUACCCGUAACCCUGUCGGCUCGGGCGUCCUCUUGUUUUAUUGGCUUUCGAUUUUGAUGGUCAAUGCAGUACAAUGGUGUUUACGACACGUGAGCAAUGACACGCUUCAACAAGUUCAACCACACAACACAUACAUGCUAUUCGAAGCGACGAAUGUUCUAUCAUUGAUCAUGCUCAUUCUGGAAUCAUGCAAUCGACCCACUCACACAUGUAUCAUUCUCGAGCUCGAAAAGGACCAAUGCCCUUGUUCAACCGCCAAUAUCUUUGAAAGACUCUUGUUCAGCUGGGUAUCACCUUUAAUGCAACUCUCAAACUUGUCCAUGGAUGAUUUAUGGCUUUGGAAAGAUCCUUGCGACAAAAGGGAUGAUUCACCAUCAUGCGUGGUUUCAGAUCAGUCAAGCUUAACAAGGUUAUUCGUUUCAAUCACGCCCGGUCUCUUUGUUCUCUCUGGGGUACUGCAAUUGAUCCAUGGCGUCAUCCAGCUAGCAUUACCUUUAUUACUAUGGAAGCUCUUACAAUGGGUCACUACGCAUACUAUAAUCAUCCAAUCGUUCCCAGAGCCCUUUUAUCAUGGUGGUUUCCUUGCAGGAAGCAUGUUUAUUGCAUCCAUUGCCCAGUCACUAGUGCAACAACAAUACUUUCACCUAUCUUCGAUGAUGGGCAUGUCCAUUUUUCAAUCACUUUCAACGUCCAUCUACCACAAAGUAUUGGUACCAAAAAGCCAGCACAAUGAGACGAAUGAGGUUGCCAACCUGGUGCUUAAAGAUGCACAGAGGGUCAAGGAAGCAUGCAGCUAUGUUCAUAUGGUUUGGAGCACACCAUUGCAGGUCGUGAGCGUCUUUGCAGCUGCACAGUAUAUUCUCGGGAUCCACCAUCAUACUUGGAUAGGCAUGGUCGUCGUUAUAUUCGUUGUUCCGAUCAACAUGAUGCUCGGCUCUUUAAUGCGAAAAUGGCGUCUCAAGCAAAACACUCACAAACAGAAACGAAUGAAGCUUUUGGGCAGCGUAUUGGAUGGUAUCAAAGCUAUCAAGCUACAUGCCUGGGAAUCAGCAUUAGCACACAAGAUAACUGCCAUACGCAAUCAGCUGGAAGUUGGGAUUCUCAAGAAAACUGGUGUAGCUGCUGCUACUGGAAGCUCGAUAUCCAAUGCCAUUGUCUUUCUCGUGUCAUUGCUCGUUUUCAUCAUCUACGCAUCGUCAACGCCAACCCCUCUCACCAGUGACAAGGUGUUUGUAUGCUUAUCGCUCUUUCGCCUUUUACAAUCUCCAUGCAUGAACUUCCCCAAUGCGAUAUCAGCUGUUCGACGUGCAUCAACAUCCAUGAAACGCAUCCAUCAAUUCCUGACGGCUCAUGAAAUCGACCUGCAUCAGCAUGUCAUUCAUGAAAAUCAUCGACGAAUGAGCGAUUGGACAUCCGAUACACCCAUGAUUGAAAUGGAUCAAGUCAAGGUCCCAGAUAUCAACAACAGCAUCAACCUACAAAUCCGCAAAGGCGAGAUUGUGGGUGUGGUUGGUCAUUCUCCAGCUAUCCUCAAUGCGAUCCUUGGCAACAUUUCAGAUGGCCAUAUGACUGUACGUGGCUCUAUUGCUUAUAUCCCUCAUACACCAUGGGUCAUGCAGGAUGCCUCAUUAUGCGACAAUAUCGUGUUUGGUCAUCGAUGGGAGCCUGAUUUUUAUCGCAGUGUCCUCAACCUAUGUGAACUCUCACCCGAUGCCGUCCCAAGUCAACAUGCCAUGAAGAUUUCACUUGCACGUGCGCUUUAUUGUCGUGCUGAUAUCUACGUCUUUGAUGAUCCCUCGUGCCUUGAAAGAGAACUAUUUCAACGCAUUGUACUCGGCAUCUUGCGCAACAAGACGCGUGUUAUUGCCACUCGAUCCUUCUCGCAUUUAUAUCAGCUUAAUCGUGUAUUGAUGGUUUCAACGACAGGCGAGAUUGUCAUGGAUGGAAGCUUUGGCGAGCUGAUGAGCAAACACCAUGCAACAUUGUACCAUAUCAUGGCAUCUGCGGAUGAUCGUCGUACUACAAAAGAAAGCAACUACCGGGAGAUCCAUCAACAAUACAUCAUGACAACACCACCACCUAUUGGAAAACAUGCGGAUGAUGAUGACGAUGAUGCAAAGAGGAAUCAGUCAUCCUCUUCAAUAAGCACCUACAUCAAGGCUUGUUCAUUGCCAGGCGUUAUUGCCGUGAUUGUACUCCAAGUGUUGGCCCGAUUAGCCCAAGUCAGCAGCACCAUAUGGCUCCAAGCAUGGGAUAAAUACAGCAAUGAUGCAUUCUACUACUUGGGUGUAUAUGCAAUUCUCGGCUCUGCUUGCAUGCUUCUUGAAUGGGUCAAGGCUUUGUUACUUUGGGUUUAUUGCGUUGGAAAGUCUGCAGCGAAUCUUCACACACGUAUGCUGUACAAAGUAUUAAGGUCGCCCAUGACUUUCUUCCAAAGCACGACCACUGAGAUGAUUCUUGCUCGAUUCAAUCAAGACCAAGAGAUAGCUGAUCGCUUAUUACCAAAGAUGAUUUUUUACAACAUGAGGAUCAUGGCCCUGCUUGCAACAACAACAGUAGUCAUUGCAUGCUCUACACCAUUCUUUUUACUCAUUGUGAUUCCUCUUGGUUUUCUUUACAUUUACUUGCAACGUCUAUACCUUGUAUGUGAUCGUCAGCUGAAACGCCUUGAUCAUGAAUCCAAAUCAGCGCUAUACAUCCAUCUUGCCGAGAGUACGUUAGGUGCGAGUACGAUUCGAGCGUAUCACAAGCAACAAUGGUUCCAUGGGGACUAUGUGGAGCGGCUAAACGAUGUUCAGCGAGUGCAUUUUGCGUCUGUGGCAUGUAACAGAUGGCUGGCCGUGCGUAUCGAAAUCCUGGGUUCUAUGGUCAUGUUUGCAGCUGCAAUGCUUGCUGUGAUUGCUGUGGUCUACCUACCUUCAGUGGAUGUAGGUUUGGUGGGUAUGAGCCUGUUUUAUGCUCUUGGCAUCCCACAACUGCUCACCUGGGCAUUGCGUUCGUAUUGCGAGAUCGAGCUUCACAAUGAAUCCCUUGAGCGAAUACAAGAGUACACUGAAUUGCCGACAGAAGAAGAAUAUGAUGACUCAACAAGAAUGGCACCUAUCCCUGUUCAUCCAGCAUGGCCCACCGCUGGCAAUAUCGAGUUUAGGCAUUACACCACAAAUUUGCUACACAACGUCUCUUUGAGCAUUCAAUCGGGUGAAACGAUCAGUAUUAUCGGUGCUGACAAGCACACUUUUGCCCAAAGUCUUUUUCAAUUGGAAGUAACACCACCAUUGAGCGGCUCUAUCCAUGUCGACGGCGUUGACAUUACCCAUUUGGACGUCUAUCAUUUACGAUCACGGAUUGCGUGGGUGGGUUCAGAGGAUGAGAAUGCAUUUUUCUCGGGUACAAUACGUGAAAACUUGGAUCCACUGGGACGUUGUGGCAAUCUUACACUAUGGGAUGCAUUGGCUUCUGUACGACUAGAAACACAAGGCGGAUGGGAUGCACCCAUUGAAAAGCAGCAUUUCACACCUGGUGAGAAAUACCUGUUUGGCUUGGCACGAGCACUACUACGUCGUCCCCGUAUUGUUGUACUUGAAGACCCUACUACCAAAGUUGACACCGAAACCGCUGAUCGCAUUCAACAAGUUAUUCGUGAACGUUUUGACAAAUGCACAGUGUUGAUGGUCACACAGAAGCUCGACACCGUCAUGGAAUCCAAUAGGGUGCUUGUUGUAGACAAUGGCGUCAUGAUCGACUUUACUACCCCACAACACAUGCUGAAACACAAAGGAUCGCUGCUUUUUUCUUUGGCAGAUAGCAAGCUUUGCUAA